AUGCGUGCUUUCAGCGACACCAGUUUACCAAGAUCCGACCCAAUGCAUAUUUGGAUUGAGCAGUCCUGGAAGCCUGAAAAUGCGGACACGCCCGUUAUCAAUGUCCCCCUGCAUUGGCACCAACAUCACGACGAGCACCUCCAGGUCCUUACUGGCGCAGUGAACAUUUUCCAUCACGGAAGUUGGCAUGUCGUGACUCCAGAGACUGGUAUAGUUGUCUCGGAGCGCGGCGAUGUGCAUGGCUUCCACGGUUUCCCCGGCGUGGGGUUCGUGCUUAAGGAGAGUGUUACACCUGCGGGUGAAUACAAAGUCGGAUUUUUCUGGGACGCCUUCCAGGAUGGCCAACCAGGCUUUUUACGUGCUGCGAGGCUAGCUUGGUCUAGUGAUUACUAUCCCGCAGUGACGAAAUGGAAGUGGAUGGAUUGGAUGCUCGUGUGUGUUGUAGGGGGAUUCACGAGGUUUUGUAAAUUAGGGCCAGAUGUUCAAAGCAAUACAGCGCGCAAGAGGUGA